CGAAUCUGAACACAAUAUUGAAAGUCGUGUCAGUCAAACAUUUUAAUUAGUCUCAUCACUGGAAAUAGUUAUAAUGACAUAAGAAAUACCUAAACCACCACAAUAUGAUUAAUUUUCGUUAGCAAAAUGUGCUUUACAAGAAUAACGCAAGCUUUUUUCCAUCCAGAUUAUUUACCUACCACUUGCAUGUGUUAAUCUCCAAUAUGUUUUUAUUUGUUAUUUAAUUUAUUAUGCUUAUAAUUUACACACCGUGUGCCCUAAUAACCCGACCAACAUUUAAACGUUAAGAAAAUCACGCUUAUUUUUCCCACUAUUUGCUAAUGCGAUAUUGCCUUACUACUUUACCGAGCAAUAAACAUUCCUUAGCUGCUAAGACUUGCUAAAAAGCGUUAUUUCCCGACGUUUUCUCCAAGAAACGAGAAUUACGAGCAACCGCCAGGAAAAGCGCAUAAAUAAAGUAGGAGUAAUAAAGCUAAAAGCGUGUGAAGUCACAAAACAUCUAUUUGCAUGAACCUACAGUUAGUAUAACCCUAUAUUGUUGCAAAUGAAUUGCUCGGAUUGAAUAGAAGUUAGAUUGGAUUGGUAGCGAUUUUGUUUGCCCACGUUUACGUUGCGGUAGCAGCUAUGGAUGGGGUUAGGCCUCGAAAACUUGCCAGACGUUAUAACGUAAUUGAUUACGUUUAAAGUUUCUACUAGAGUACUUGGCUAGAGUAUUUGGGUCAAAGUCAAAAAUGGUAAGUCAGGAGGAAGAUUAGCUACGAGUAUGUUCUACAUAGCUGUAUAGCUGCAGUAUUUAUUUACUACACAUUUGAUUGUAUGGUUAACUCAUUUACGCCUUUCUGUAGACAAAGCAAAGUUAAGAGAAGCUAAAACUAAUUUUUACGCUGUACCUCUUUACAGGCGGGAUACAUUUUUCCAAUACUGAAGACACAAAUAAGAAAACUUCGAUAUAUAUAUGUACCCGGGUCGUUAACUUUUAUUCUGUAAAAUGUGUCUGACAAUUAAACUAAAUAUUAAGCCGAGCUACAGAAAUAUUAUGUUAGAAUAUAAUGAAAAUAUACUCACAUUGAAUAAUUAUUAAGAACUUGAUUACUGAAUAUUGAUUGCUUCCAAAAAGAAUUUAUUUAUGGGUUUUAGAAUACGCUAAACUCCUAAUCGAAAUUAAUACUUUUGCUUACGUAAAACUCAUCAAAAACAGGGAAUUUAAUUUGGUGUACAAUAAAAAAAUAAUUAUUAUUGAAAACAUAAACAAUUUUAAUCGCUUUUCUGGAACUGGACUAUAUUCCGUGUUAUUGUUUAAUAGCGAGGUAAAGCACACAACAACCGGCCAUGAUAACAUAAAUUCAUAGAAUCUUAGGGUCAAGAACAACGGUCAUCUGUUCAUUGCACUGACAAUACGGACAAAGCGCAGUUUCAGUGGAAAAAAGCCAUAUCUGAUGAAUGUUGGUAGGGAGAUACGUCCUUGUCCUUUUAAGAGUACGCUAUCAAGCUUACAGAUACAGUAUGAUGAAAAAAUGUAGGAUUUUAUUUGUUUAGACUGUUUAUUAUUUAUUUCCAAAUGUAUUCAUCGCAAUUCUUGCAAUCUUUGCCUAUAUGUUUCGCCUCAGGUUUGUCACUUCAUCACCUGCUCACACCAUCCAGAGGACAUGUGCAGGGUUCUGGUAAGUAGGUAUAUCCCGCGGACGUGAGUAACAUUCGUCCCUCAAUAAAUAAAUUAUUUAUUUAUUUUAACUUUAUUGCCCAAAAUACAUUAAUAAUGUACAAAUGGCGGACUGGCAUUCUCUACCAGUCAACCAUCGGACUAAACAAAGACAUGUAAAAAUGGUGCAAGUAAAAAGAAAGAAGAUAAAUAAUAGAAAAAACUUAAUAAAAUACAUUUAUAUGUAUUUUAUCAAGUUUUACACAAAUAAAAAUACUAAAAUAUGUGUAAUUAAUAUACUACAUACUACAUAUUUCGUACAUACUCCAUAAUAUAUAUGAUGGACGCUACUCGAACUCUUGUUUCAGCACAUAAUUAUGUAGCAACCGCUUCAAAGCUAACUUGCUCGGGGCUUGUCUUAUUCAUUCGCAUCAAGUUAUUACUUAAUACAUAAUAAUAGUAAUAUUCCUCUCAAAUUAACAAUGAGACUAAAAUUAAAAUAGACCUGUGAAAAAAUUGGAACAGCGCAAAUAAAUAUAUUUACGAUGACUAACAAUACAUUAUUAAUUACAAACGAAAACGAGAGUAAAACAAAUAUACGCUUUAUACAGAAGGCACUCAUGCCCAGCUAAUUCGGCAUACACCUGUUCACACCACAACUGCAGAUUGUAUAACAAAUGUUUGGGUCAGUGGGCUAACCUCUCUAACCGAGCGCACAUAAUGCCUAUGAAUAAUUCGUCAUCAUGACUAAUUUAUGUAAAACUGACCUAAUAAAACCCUACAAAUAAUUAUAACAAAGAAAAUUUUUGCGACGCCCGUCAAUAUGAGUCACUGAAAACUUUCACUUAAAAGAGCGCGUUUCAUUCAUUUGACCACAAUUCUCAAGACAAGUGCGACGACGUUCGCUGUAGUUUUAAGGUGAAAUUAGGACACGCUGUAUAUGCUGGUUUGAUAACGUUCACUGAUUUAAGUGUUCAGUGUUCGGCCGAAAUUGUCACAAUAAAAUAGUGUUUAAGAAAAAGUAAUACUCAAAAAUGUUUUUUAAAAUUUUAAUAUGUGUGGCAUUGUCUAUGUUGGAGGUAGAGUCUAUGGCUAUAGAAGGAUCUGUGUUGACGAGGUAUGAUCCUUGCGGUUUGGGCGUGCUUCAGUUUGACAAGGUUUCAGCGGCUGAGUGGCGAGGUGUGGUGUAUUUUGAAUUGUACCCUCAUCUGACUGAGGUAGAAAUGGACAUUCAGUUUGAGCGGCAAGUCGAGUUGUAUGGGAGCUCUCAGAACUCCACAAUGUCGGUACGAGAUGAUUGGCACCGAUUUAUUCUUCGGCCAAAAGGAGCGUUACCCAAACAGUACUACUUCUUCCUACGGUUGGCCGACAACAGCACCCAAGUACCAACCGUGGCCAACUUCAAGCUCAACAAUGCCACGCUUUGCGACGACGCCAUAAAGGCGGCGCAAACUAUUGAAUCCCUAAAUGUCACAACAAAUCCAAAAGAGGUCUACAAACAAGUUUGUGGAAGAAGGGCACUCGAGCACGCUGAACUUACCUCUGUCAGAACUCAAGCUUUGGCUGGCGACUGGCCUUGGCAUGUGGCUUUACUCAAGAAGAACCCGAACAGUUACGUCACGAGAUAUGAGUGCGGUGGCAGUAUUAUAUCAAGUACUGCUGUUUUGACAGCUGGACAUUGCGUGAGUAGAGGUGGUGUUCUGAUCGAGGCGCGAUUGGUGGUCAUCGUCGCGGGCGUCAAUAACCACACGGACUAUAACCAGAUAGGCAGGCAAGCUUUAGUGGCUCAAGACAUAGUACUUCAUCCAGGCUACACGGACGCCCUAGCUACCUCGGACCUGGCCAUCAUCAAAGUGCACAAGUUCACAUACACGGCGUUCGUCCAGCCCGUCUGCCUGUGGGGCCCCGUGUAUAGCAAGGAAGACUUGUUCGGGAAACAAGCGACGGUUGUCGGCUUCGGCUACACAGAGACCAACCAGCCCUCCGACGUUCUCCGGUCAGCCUACAUCAUGAUCCAAAACGACACCACUUGCCUCUCAUACUCGCAAAAAGUAUACAAGAACCUUCUCAACGAGUUCAGUUUCUGCGCUGGCUAUGGACCGACAUCUGGCGUAAACCCCCGGAACGGCGACAGCGGUGGUGGUUUGGUCCUUGGCGUGCUGCAAAGCGACCACAAGAUCAGCUACAUUCUCCGCGGCGUGUUGUCCAAGUGUGGUGUUUCAGUCGGGCAUACAGAGUGUGAUCCGAAGCAUUAUGUGGUGUACACGGAUGUCGCACCUCACUAUACUUGGUUGUACCAUCACUCUGGACUUAAGUAUAGGAGCAACAUAUUAUAAAAAUACUACAAGCUAAGCUACGUACUCCGAGGUUUGUUGUUCAAGUGUGCCGUCUCUGUGGGGCAAACACAGUGUGACCCGAGGCAUUAUGUGGCACCUCACUAUACUUUGUUGUACCAUCACUCUGAACUUAACUAUAGGAGCGAUAUUCUAUAGAGGGACCAUAAGAUUAGCGAUACGUGCUCCAAGACGUGCUGUCUAAGUGUGCGUCUCUAGACAUACGGAGUUUGACUCGAGGCAUUAUGUGGUGUACACGGAUGUGACCUUACUAUACCUGGCUGUACGAGUAUCAUCACUCCGGGCUCAAGUAUAGAAGCAAACUUUUAUAAAGAGAUUUCAUGAUUAGAUUGAUUAGCUACGUACUGUGAUUCUAUCCAAAUGCGGGAGUAUAUGUCGGAACGGACUGCAACGGCAAGAACUACUUCGUUUACCAGUGACAGUGUCCAUUUUGUGUAGGUAUCCAAGUUGAUUACCUAAUCUCUUCAAUUGCUUUUUUAUCACAUUAUAACACGAUAUCGCCAUUGCACGAUAUAGCCAGAAAAAAUUGAAUUUUAAAUUAAAGUAGCUUUAGUCGCCUCUUUUUAC